GGACUGGUGAGUGUGUUACAGUCAAGCGUGGAUGUUGUAUGGUCUUUCUUAUAUUGUCUUUUCGCAUUUUCUGUUGCGUUGUUUACUGGAUGAACAUCAGAUGAAACGGGAAGUGGUGAGUCUGUUACAGUUGACUGUUGGUGUUGUGGUCUCACACUAUGUUUUGUAUCUCAUUUAUUCUAACUGGGUGAAUAUCAAAAGUUGUCAGAAUCAGCAGAUGAACAUGAUCAGUCUUCAGGUUCAGAUCACAAUUUAACACAAUCAAGUCAGCAGUUGCAGGACGCUGUUGGUCGAACUGAAUCAAAAGAGAGUACGUCCAAACAAAACCAAGAGAAGGCAGCUGAUCAGGAAUGUGUUGGGGAAGGCAGCAAGAAUUGUGAAGAAUUUUUAAAACAAGUGAUAGAGGACAUGACAGAAGAAAUGGAUUGUCUGAGAGAGGAAAUUGCUGAAGUCACACAACAGAAAGAAAAAGAAAUGAAUUCUGUAAUGAAAGAUAGAGAAAUCUGGGAGGCAAAAAAUGCUCAGCUUCAGAAACGGAUUGAAAAACUGGAGAUAGAAAAGGAAGAAUUGCACGAAGCUCAGUUGCACCUACAGGAGGCAGCUGACCAGGAAAGAGAAGGCAGCAAGAAAUAUGAAGAGUUGGUUAGACAACUGACAGAAGAAGUGGAUCGAGGAAGAGAGGAAAGCAAUGCAACAAGGAGGGAAAUUGCUGAAGUCAUACAACAGAAAGAAAAUGAACUGAAUGAGGCAAUGAAAUGUAGAGAAGUGUUGCAGACAGAAAAUGCUCAGCUGCGAAAACAGAUUGAAAAGCUACAAGAAGAACUAAAGGAAGUUCAGUUACACUCACAGCAUUCAGUUGUUUGUGAUGCGUCCCACAAUGCUGAGCAGCAGGACGUUGAAGCUGACCAACAACAAAGUAGAAUGCUCAAGGAGAGAGAAACUUUACUUGCUGAUUUCAGCAAGCUUCAAACUGAACAUGAAGAUUUAAGGCUACAAUACCAUGACAUAAUUGUGCUGCUGAAAGAGGUGAAGGCAGUAUUUAAAGGAUGUUCUUUUUCACAGGAAAGUAAAGACUAUAGUACACAGCAUUUUCCUAUUCAGGAAAAAUUGGAUGAAUUGAGUAGUGCAGUGGAAACCCUUCAACACCAGCCAAAUCAAGAAGUUAGGAAGCUGCAGUCAUUCAAUUUGCAGCUCCAAAAUGAACUGUGGCAGCAGACAGAAUUGUCAUCGCAAGUGAAAAAGGAGCUCCAACUUCUUAAAAAAGAAUUAGCAGGUAAAGCAACACUGCAAGACGGCCAAAGUCAGAAUCAUCUAGACUUAUUACACAUUCAUGACAGAGUGAAACAGCUGGAAAUGAUGAUGGCAAGUUCUGUGUCAUCAGGUGUUUCUACAGCAAAUGCUGCUGUCAGUGCUGUACAGCUUGACUCUAUGAAAGGUCCCUGUCUUUGGCUGCCAUUGUCUCGUGUAGUGGAAGAUGAUGAUAUUGAAGUGAUUGCACUGGAAGCCAGUAGCAAAUGGAAGCAACUGGGAAGAAACUUGACAUUUCGUCCAGUUGAAGUAGAUGACAUUGUGUCUCAGAUAAAAUACGACAAUCCACGAGAUUCUGAUAGGCUUUUUAUCCUAAUUGAUGAGUGGAGAUCGAAAAUUGGAAGACAGGCGACCCUUGGCAAAUUGCUAGAAGCUUGUCAGAAAGUGGGCAAACAAACAGAAGUGGAAGCUGCACUUAGUAGACGUAGAAAGCUGCCCAAAAUCACAAAUGUAGCGGUUCACUGCACAAGUAGAAUACUGACAGGAGGUGUGACCCACAUAGUGUCCAGUACUAGAGUAGCUGAGGCCAGGAGGUCACCUGUCCGUUUUAGUGUGAAAGAUAUCACUAUGUCCAGCAGACAGGAUGAACAAAAUACUGAUGAUAUUGACUGACCUUUGAGGUACAAUAAACUAGCUUAUACGAAACGUAUUGUGUAUAUGUUAAUUAACUGGAUGCUGUCGUGCUUACAUAGUCAUAUUGCCGCAAAUGAA